UAUUUUCAACGCAAGCUUUCAGAUAGAAUCGGCGAAAACGAGAAGCAGGAGGAAAUUGAAAUCAAACAAACACGAAUAUCUGUUGAAAUGAGUACCAUUUCGUCAUCAUUAAGACCUCGUACUCUUUGGAUUGGGAAAAAACGUACAAAAAGUAUCCUUGUAAUUUUUGCUGUCGGUACCGCAUGUGGACUAUACAUCUCAACAUUCAUGAACGCUUCUCGUCAACCAUUUGGAAAGUCUGUCAAAUUUAAGUAUGAAGGGCGUAGUCUAUUGACAAUGUUUUCAACUUGGCCAACGCCCGAAUAUCCAGAAAAAUAUGAUGUUCGAAAUAACACCGUGGCUAACUGGAUUAAAUUUAAGGAAUUUUUUACCCCAAUUUAUUUUACAAAUGACGAAAAUUUGAAACAUGCCGUUGAAAAAGGCGGCUGGAAAACACUACCGGUGACAAAAGUGGGAAGUGGUAACGAUUUACCUGUUUUCAAGAACUUGUUUUUAGACGCUAUGAAACACUACGAUUCGUGGUUCUAUGGUUUUGCGAGUGGGGACAUAAUGUUUACAGAAGGACUCAUCAAAACACUUCUUGCUUUGAUUAGAAUACCUGAAUUUCGAGAUAAAGUAAUCCUUCUUGUUGGUCAAAGAACAAACGUUGAUAAUGUUACUAUGGAGGAAGCCACGAAUUUUGAAACUCUUAAAAAGAUCUCAAAAGACAGGGGGCAGUUGUGGACUCCACUGGCUGAAGACUACUUCAUUACGUCCAAAAAUUUUCCAUGGGGAGAACUGCUUGAUGUGGUUUCUGGAAGAUGUGGGAUGGAUAACUUUAUAGUUAUGGAGUCGCUUGACCGAGGUUAUAUAGUUAUUGAAACUACCCAAACAAUAUUAGCUGUGCAUCACACAAGCGUAGGCGGGAAUAAUGAAAACCUUAGAAAACCUAAUGCAAAUUAUAACAUGGAUCUGAUCAAGAAGUUUUAUGGACGUAAGCCUUAUAAUUACAGCAAAGGACGAACAAUUUGUGCUAAUUAUUUUUCGGAGUUUCUCAACAAACAUACAAUUAUCUUUAGUAAAAAAAGCAAAUCUGUUUGUUAGGAAUAUGUUAAUUACGCAUCCCUUGCUCAAAAAGUAUAAUUAAUAUAAAAAUUGUAAUUACGGCAUUCGGAUAAAUAACUAGGGUUCAAAAUUUUUUUUGAAACAUUAUUCUCUAUUUGCAUCUGUAAACAGUGUAUUUUCUUUUUA